AUGUAUAUAAAGGAAGAAAGCAAUUAUUUUCAAAAUAAAGUCUUCACAUUUGUUCUAAAUCCAUAUAAUCUUGAUGGAGGUCUGCGCUCCUCAGAAACUGCAGUCGAGGACCUAUUUAUCCGAAAAUUUGUGACAGGAACUUGGCAUGAUCUUUUUUUAAGUGAGGUUAUAAUUAAGAGGCAGCAUAACAUUGUUAGGAUAGCUGGUAUUAUUCACAGAAGUGUCAGUGCCAGAAAAAUAUACUUCUUGCUUGGUUACACCGAAGAGCUCUUGAGUUUUUGGCUCCAGUGUCCGGUUAAAAUGGAACUUCAGACUGAAGCUGAUAGGAAAAAAGUUAUUUUCAAAUAUAUCUGAAUUGUGAAUAUGUCUGUGAAUUAUCAUAGGUGUAUGUGAACAAAUCCCAUAUUAUACCUCUUGUAAAGGCAAUAAUUCCAUCUUGCCUCUAUUUUAAAUAGGUAGAAUAUAACAUACAAUCCCCAUUUUUCUCCACCUUAAGAAGAGAAUUAAUGCAGGUUCAUUUAAUGUAAUUAAUGACGAAACACUACAGUGCUUCUGUAUUCAUCUGGAUAUUUUUAUCUUUAUCUGGUUUCUCAAGAAAAUUGUAGAUAUUAA